AUGAGCAAGUCAGUUCACGCCCAGAUAUCUGGGAUUGCUAGAGAAUAUCCAUUCUCGGCAACCCUCGUGACCAUAGCAGCAUUUCUGGCAACGAUAUUCCUCGUCAUCCGAGAGAUUUUUACUCCGGUUGGGAAACGCAGACCUCCCCCUGGCAAGAGAUGCAAGCUCCCUCCUGGCCCUCGAGGAAUACCGAUAUUUGGAAGCCUGUUAGACGUUCGCAAGGUUCGGGAUGACCAAGAUCAUAUAAUAAACAACGAUCUCGCGAAAUAUGGCGAGAUGACUACUCUGCACCUCGGAUCAAAAACAUGGAUCUUGCUCAAUAGCAAGCGGGUGGUCUCGGAAAUCAUCGCAAAACGCGGCACACUAACGAAUGGCCGAAGCCCUAUGCCCAUUGCUAGUGGCAUUGUUAGCCGUAACGGACGCUCUCUUCUGCUGCCUCCCUCGGGAUGGACGGAGAAACGGCGAGUGAUGCACUCGCUUCUCAGUGGAACCGCGUUAAAACAAUAUGCAUCAUGGCAGGAAUUGGAAAGUACCCAGCUGCUUGCUGAGUAUUUGUUCCAACCGGAGCGAUGGUACCGCCAUCAUUAUCGAUACGCGAAUUCCGUGGUCCACCGCAUCGCGCUUGGGGAGCGGCUGGUCAAAUCAGGUAAAGAGCUCGAGGACCUACAAAAUGUUGUUACAUAUUUUGUGGGUAGCAUCGGAUCCAGUCUGAUCGACUGGUUUCCCGAAUUGGAUCGUCUCCCGCGAGCUUUGCAGCCAUGGCGGAAGCACUGGGAGAAACUCGGUAAUUGGAACGAAGAGGUCUACAAAUCAUGGUGGAUUCCAGUAAGAGAUAAGGUAGAGCAAGGAACAGCGCCCCCAUCAUGGGUUCGUGAUGUCCUUUUGCACCCAGACACCAAGUUUACUGGGGACGACCAGGAGGCCAUGUACGUGGCAAUGCAGCUUCUCGAGGCCGGAUCCGACACAACUCGAGAAGUAUUGAACAUCUUCGUGAUGGCAGCUCUUUGUUAUCCGAGAGUUUUCCAGAAGGCCAGGGAAGAAGUUGACCGAUUGUGUUGCACCGAAGGGGGUCUCCGUCUGCCAGGGAUUGAGGACCUUGAGCAUAUGCCCUACAUCUGCGCUCUGAUCAAGGAACUCCUGCGAUGGAGGCCAAUUUUCGUUCUGACCCCAGAUCAUGUGCUUACAUCUGACAUGGAGUUCGAGGGCUAUCACUUUCCGGCGGGCGUUGGCUUCGUGAUCAACGAGGUCCCAGUGUGCAACGAAUGCGAAGACCCGGAGGAAUUCAAGCCUGAGCGGUGGCUUGAUGGACAUGAAACUGACGCUGCACAUGGCCUGUGGCAAUUUGGCGGAGGCCGCCGAAUUUGCGUUGGUUACAGGCUGGCAUUCAGAGGACUGUUCAUCAAUGUGGCACGCUUAGUAUUAUGUUACAAUUAUGCAGCAGUAAGUGGCUAG